CUGGACAAAGGAUUGGCAAGAAAAUGCACGAUGACGACUGGAUUGGAUAGUACUGGAGAGGAGGCGAAUCAAAUUUAGGGCAGAGUACUUUUGUUUAUUUGCCACCGAAGUACGUGUCAUCGAUUCGAUAGACGUAUAGAUAGAUAUUAUAUAUAUAGAUUUAGAUAUAGCACAUCAGGCUCGCUCUCUCCCUCCCUCUCUCCCCGGCGAAUUCUCUUAUCUCUCUCCUCCCCCCCUCUCUCUCUAGGGUAUUUUAAAGAUGACUGAGCCUUCCAAAGUCAUUCAUGUGCGCAAUGUAGGGCAUGAAAUUGCUGAGAAUGACUUGCUUCAGCUAUUCCAGCCAUUUGGGGUCAUCACCAAGCUCGUGAUGCUUCGUGCCAAAAAUCAGGCACUCCUCCAAAUGCAAGAUGUUCCUUCAGCUGUCAAUGCAUUGCAAUUCUACACAGGUGUUCAGCCAAGCAUAAGGGGAAGAAAUGUUUAUGUACAAUUCUCAUCACAUCAAGAGCUAACAACUGUGGAGCAGAAUACUCAAGGCCGGGGUGAUGAGCCUAAUCGAAUUCUCUUAGUUACAAUUCAUCACAUGCUAUAUCCUAUAACCGUGGAAGUUCUGCAUCAAGUGUUUUCUCCUCAUGGAUUUGUGGAGAAGAUCGUCACAUUUCAGAAGUCAGCUGGUUUUCAAGCCCUUAUACAGUAUCAAUUACGCCAAAGUGCUGUCUUGGCAAGAAACUCUCUUCAGGGGCGCAAUAUUUAUGAUGGUUGCUGUCAGCUGGACAUUCAGUUUUCGAACCUCGAUGAGUUACAAGUGAACUACAAUAAUGAACGUUCAAGGGAUUUUACAAACCCAUCUCUGCCUUCAGAACAGAAGGGAAGAUCCUCACAAGACCAGCCUGGGUAUGGAGAUGCAGGAAGCAUGUUUCCUGGAGCCAGGGCAGUUGGAUUUCAGCAGAUGGGCAAUUCUGCUGCUGCCAUUGCAGCUGCUUUUGGAGGAGGCUUGCCUCCUGGAAUAAGCGGGACAAAUGACAGGUGCACUGUUCUUGUAUCUAACCUAAAUCCUGAUAGCAUAGACGAGGAUAAACUUUUCAAUCUGUUCUCCAUUUAUGGAAACAUUGUAAGAAUUAAACUUCUCCGCAAUAAACCAGAUCAUGCGCUAGUUCAGAUGGGUGAUGGCUUCCAGGCUGAAUUAGCAGUACACUUCUUGAAGGGAGCCAUGCUGUUUGGCAAACGAUUGGAGGUAAACUUUUCAAAGCAUCCAAACAUUACAACUGGUGUGGAUACACAUGAGUACUCAAACUCAAAUCUCAAUCGCUUCAACCGCAAUGCCGCAAAGAAUUAUCGUUACUGCUGCUCCCCAACCAAAAUGAUCCACCUGUCCACCCUCCCCCAAGAUGUCACCGAGGAGGAGAUUGUGGCCCACCUAGAAGAGCAUGGCACCAUUGUCAAUACCAAGCUCUUUGAGAUGAAUGGUAAAAAGCAGGCCCUUGUCCUAUUCGAAAAUGAAGAGCAGGCCACUGAAGCCCUUGUGUGCAAACAUGCCAGCUCACUUGACGGUUCAAUGAUCCGGAUCUCCUUUUCCCAAUUGCAGACCAUUUAGGACGGACCCUCGUAUCAGAAAAAAAAGGGAAGUAACGAGUAACAAGUGGGGAAAAAAGGAAUUUUAUUUAUGUUCCAAUUGUGAUCGUUUUUAAUAUUGCAUUUUCUUGUAACCUGGUUUUAUUGCUUUUGUAUUGGUGGAAUGCUCUUUGUUUUUGUACUUAAUCUUGGACUCUUCUCGUCUUCAUGUGCUUUGUACCAUUCAGUCCCAAGUUUGCUUUUGAUGUCUAAGGGAAUCUGUUGUUUGCAGAUACGGUAGAUUUUUAGAGGUGGAGGGGGGAGAGGGAGUAUUUUCUUGUCAUUGAGAGAUCCAAUGCAGUGUCAUUGUUGUAUGUAUGUUGUAGUGUCGGUUAAAUUACAUGUAUUCUCUUCGUAAAUCCAACAUUAGCUUGUUCAAUCAAUGAAUUUGUGAAGUAUUCACAGUUCUUUGCUUGUUA